CAGGACACUCAAGAAAUAGUAUUCAAACAUGUGGUAUGACAGUACUUCACAGCGUGCGCCAUCUCCAAAGCAGGGAUUGUUUCGCUACUUGUCAGGGCUUUGCGUCUACUCUGCUUAUGCUAUACUUCACACAGUGCCCAGCACGGCUUCUUCUCAGGGCUCGUUGAUGACCCUGAACCCAGAUGACAAUGGAGGUGACCACAUCAACGUCGUCGUUAGAGUGCGGCCUCUUACGGCCCUUGAGCAUGAUGGCUACAAGGCUCAAGCGCUCAACUACCCGGGAGAAGGACAAGUGCUCGUGGAGGAGCCAGCAAGUGGUCAAACCAAGCUGUUCACAUUCACCGUGGUGUUCGAACCGGAGGCGACACAGGAGGACGUGUUCGAGCACUGCGGCAUCAAGCGUCUCAUCGACAUGGCGCUUGACGGGUUUGCCAGCACGAUCAUGGCGUACGGCCAGACAGGUGCCGGCAAGACCUACACGCUAACUGGACCGCCGGAGGCAUCUGAAGGCGGAGCCAGCGUGCCGGGUAUUAUGCAGCUGGCGUUCGGUUACCUCUUCGGGGAGAUCACGCAACGCAGAGGUGUCGAGUACAUCGUGCAGGCCUCGUACCUGGAGGUAUACAAGGAGCACGUGCUUGACCUUCUAAACCCGUCGCACAAGACGCUUCCCGUCCGCUGGUCGAAGGACAAGGGUUUCUAUGCGGAAAACUUGUUUGUCGUGGAAUGCGAGGACCUGGGUGAUUUAGACGGCGUUCUACAAGAAGGCCGCAAGAACCGUCAGGUGCGCAGCCACGAGAUGAACGAGUACUCGAGUCGCAGCCACAGCAUCCUGACCAUCAACUUGGCUUCCGAUGUACGCGACCCGGAUGACCCGAACAUUUUCAUCCGUCGCCAGGGAAAGCUUUCGCUCGUCGACCUCGCCGGCUCCGAAAAGACCAAGAAGACACGGAGCCGCGGAAACACGCUUGUCGAGGCGAACAACAUCAACAAGUCGCUUCUUGUUCUCGGUAACUGCAUAUCGUGCCUGGCGGACCCUAAGAAGCGGACGGGCCACAUCCCGUACAGGGACAGUACACUUACCAAGCUGCUCGCCGACAGCCUCGGCGGCAGUGGAAUGGCUCUAAUCAUAGCCUGCAUUUCUCCGAGCUCUUCCAACGCACACGAGACGAUCAACACGCUGCGAUAUGCGUCCAGGGCCAAGAGGGUCAAGACGAAACCUAUGGUCCGAAUGGACCCUCGGGAGUUACUCAUCCUUAGCCUGCGCCGAGAAGUCCGGCUAUUACGCAUGGAGAACAGCUACCUGCGCCAACAGAUGCUGAACGCCGGUGGGUCGCUUCAUCUGAGCAACGUGCUGACCGUGGGCGACGAGCUUUCAGAAGACGACGACGAGAAGGAGCUCCUGCACAAGUACAUGACAGAGAACGAGGCUCUCAGAACCGAGAACGCCACGAUGCACCACUUGCGGGAGAUGCUGGUGAGGGACCACGAGCUCGUCUGCAGGGAGAAUGAACGACUCAUCAAGAAACUGGAUGCCCUGGAGAAGACCUCAGCGCAACAACGUCAGCCUACUGCCACCGAGAAGACACAGGAAAGUGCCAAGCCGCAGGACGUGAGCGAGAUGGGCCGCAUGUUCUCCGGCGCAAGAGGUUUGCCUGGUUUCGGGAUGAGCACCACUGAGGCUGUCUUCCAGGAGUCGGGGACUAGGCCCCUUUCCCAAAUUUUAUUGACCUCCCCGACGGGCGCCCGUGCUGACGCAAAGGUGACCAAGCACAGCGCAGCUUCCAACCAGAGCUCGACCAGGGAGUCACCCAAGCUGACGCCCACAGUCCGGAAGAUUGGUCGAAGCCUGAACGACAUCGGUGGCGGCACACUGGUGGCUCAGCCACGUGGUGUCGAGCAGGGCGGCCGACGCAACUCGUGGGGCACCAGCGGCAUACCCAAGCUGCGCCAAAAGCUAUCGACGAACCCGCUUGUAGCUGCACUGGCACCCAAGCGCGUGCUGCGCCGCACAGCUUCCAACAGGGUCACACCCGCUGACACGAAGAGGAGCAGUGCAUCACAAACCGGAAUGAACUAAGGUGAUAAGAAGAAGCAUCAUGACGCACACAAGCAAUAUUCAUCUUUUAAUCUCAGCAUGGAGCACAGAACAUCCCUGAUUAACCAAAUGACAUGGAAGUACCUUUAUUUUCCCCCCAGCAGCCCCACUGUAAUGGUGAACACGUGGAGAAAGGAGAAUGGCUAGCGAAGAGCAUGACAUCAGACAUCAGCAGUCGUCAUCCUCUUAAAGUCACCCUGUUUAACUUCGGGGUCCAUCUGCGCAUAAACUAUUUGGAAAUAAAUCCGAUGUUGUUACCAGA